AUGGCAGCUUUUAAAGAGAUGCUUUUGGAAACCCUGAAUGAUUUGAGUUGUCAGGAGUUUGAGAAAUUCAAGGAAGUCCUGGAGUUGACUGUCUUCCAGGAGGACCUCAUAGACAUCUCAGUGAGGUUCAGUGACACAGCAGAAAUAGUGUAUCUGAUGCUGCAGAACUACGGUCAACAGUCUGUGGAACUCAUGAUGAAGACUUUCAAGAAAAUGAACAGAUCUGAUCUGGUUCAGAGAUUAGACACCAGCUCAGGAAACAAAGGGCCUUCAAGAAGCUCAGAGUCUGAGGCUCAUGGAGACAUUAUGGACUCCAGUGACUGGACUAAACUUGAACCUGAAGUGAACAGUACAGAUGCAGAUGAGGCUCCAACUUACAGUCUCCAGUCUGAAGCAGGAACGUUUGAAUGCAGUGUCUCUGACCUGCGAUGGGUCUGUAAAGAAAAGGUCAGCUUUAAGUACCAGUUCUGCUCUUGGGAAGAACACAUGGAGAGAAUGGAAAUCUUACAAUACAUGCCUGCAGGUCCCCUAAUGGACAUCACAGUCACUGCUGGGAAGUUAAAUGAAGUGUACCUGCCUCACUGGAUCUGCACAGAUGACAACCCUGAAAUACUUGACAAGUUUGCAGUCCUGCACAUAGAUUCCUGUGGAGAUGUUGUUGAAAAAGUGUCUGAGGUCACAUCAUCCCACGUCAAGUUAUCUGAACCAAUUUUCUCUCCAAGAGCGGUCCUGAUGAAACUUGGCUUUCCUGUAAAGAUAAAGUGCAACGUAUUAAUAUACUAUCAAACAAACACAACAUUCCUCAAGCUACAUGUGUAUCUGAUCCCACAUGAUCCUGCUCUAGAAAAGACGGUGGACAAGAAGAAAUCCUCCAAAGGAUACGAAAUCAUUGAAAAGCCACGUCCAGACAAGUACCUGAAAAUGCAACAAGGAUUUGUCCUGAAAUCAGACAUAAGCACAGCCAAAAUCUCUCCUCAGAUAUUAACCCUCAGGUAUGACAGCCAGGAUCCAAAUUUCUAUGAAGUGUUCAUUGAAAAUCCAGACACAAACUUCAACCUUACACUCUCACACUCUUGUACAAAUAAGAGUAAACCAGUGUGUGAACCAGUGUGGACCUGUGAACUUCGAAAAGUUGACUACCUAAAGUCUGGUCAUUUUGAAGAGGAACACACUGUGGAUGAACUAUCUGCACUGGUCCACAAAACAGCAACAAUCACAACAGUUAAAGAGAAGCUUUUCAGAGUGCUGCAACGUUUGAGAGAGGAAGAUUUCGAACACUUCAAGUGGUUUUUGGAGAACAAAAUCGCAAAGAGCAAACUGGAGAAGGCAAACAGAACACGUGUGGUGGAUCUGAUGGAGCAGACCUACAACCAACAGGCUGUGGAGGUGACCAAGAUGCUUUUCAAGAAAAUGGACAGGAACGAUCUGGUGAAGCUGUUGUAA